UUCUCAAAGCAAAGAAUCUCAAUCCCACUUCUUCAAUUUCAACCCUCCAUCUCUAGCUACUCCCUUGCACCACCACACUUCCAAAUCAUGGCAAAACUCUCGUCAACUUUCCUCUCUUCAUUACCUAUCACAAUUUGGCUGCUUCUACUUGCAUUCAUACUCAUCCAAGGAGUUGAAGGAUCUAUUGGAGUCAACUAUGGCACGGUUGCAGACAACCUCCCUCCACCAUCAAAAGUUGCACAUUUUCUAUUAGAAUCCACCGUCAUCAACCGUGUUCGGCUCUUUGACGCCAACCCAGAAAUCUUGAAGGCCUUUGCUCGCACAGGAAUCGAAGUCACAGUCACUGUCCCCAAUGACCAAAUCCCCCACCUCGCUAAACUAACCUCCGCUCAACAAUGGCUGAAAACUUACAUCCAACCCCACACUCCCGCCACCAAUAUCGUUCGCAUUUUAGUCGGCAACGAAGUCCUUUCAUUCGGAAACAAAUUGCAAAUCGCAAGCCUAGUUCCCGCCAUGCAAACCCUCCACACCGCCCUCGUCGCGGCGUCUCUCAACCGUCGAAUCCAAGUUUCGACGCCUCAUUCUUUAGGCAUUCUCUCAUCUUCGAGCCCUCCCUCCUCCGGCAAGUUUCGACAAGGAUACGAUACUCAUGUACUUAAACCAUUGCUCAGCUUCCUUAGAGCCACCAACUCCCCUUUCUUGGUGAACCCAUACCCUUUUUUCGGCUGCUCGGCCGAUACCAUUGAUUAUGCUUUGUUUAGGCCUAAUUCAGGAGUGUUUGAUCAAAACACAAAGCGUCUUUACACCAACAUGUUAGACGGUCAACUUGAUGCAGUCUUUUCAGCUAUGAAACACCUUGAUUUUACUGAUAUUGAGAUUGUCAUAGCCGAAACCGGGUGGCCUUCGAGAGGAGAUUCUUCACAAAUUGGUGUUGAUGCAAGGAGUGCAGCUGAAUAUAAUAGAAAUCUCAUGCGCCAUGUAACAUCAGGCGUCGGCACGCCACUCAUGCCAAAUCGGACGUUUGAGACUUACAUAUUUGCUCUUUUCAAUGAAGAUCUCAAGCAAGGACCAACAAGUGAAAGGAAUUUCGGACUGUUCGAGGCCGAUUUGACGCCGGCCUAUGAUAUAGGAAUCCUCCGGUCCACGGCUAGAUCUUCCAUUCCCACCAAUCCAACACCAGGGCCAAAAGUGGCACCUGUGACUCCAGUGCCUGCAGGGCCAAUGGUUAAGGGCAAAAAGUGGUGUCUGCCAAAAAGAGGAGCCGAAAUUGAGGCUCUGCAGAGCAAUAUUGAUUAUGUGUGUGGGUUGGGUUUGGACUGUGGGGCCAUUCAAGUGGGUGGUUCUUGUUUCCUUCCAAAUACAGUUCGAGCUCAUGCAGCAUACGCCAUGAACGUUUACUACCAAGCUAUGGGAAGGAACGAUUAUGAUUGCGAUUUCAAACAAACUGGUGCAAUCUCAGACGUUGAUCCAAGCUACGGAAAAUGCAAAUAUUAAUUUUGAUGAGUGCAAAUUUGCAAUGAAGUUGAGGCAUACAUUUUAUGUUAGUUAAUUAGAUUUUAAUUAAUUUGUAAUUUUGUUGUUGUUUUAGAAUAAGUACAAUGAAUGUAAAAUGUAAACUAGCUAUGGCUAGUUUAAAGAUAGUACUGAUAAAUGCUUUUUAUAGUCACAGCAACUUUU